UGGGAGCACAUCAUAUCGGAAAACAAUGGAGCAGGAUACAAAUAUAGAGUCUGUGACCUCACCUCCUGGUCAGGGAGCAGGAAAGUCCAAGUUGGACACGCUGUCCAAGGAGGACCUGAUCAAGUUUGCCAAGAAGCAGAUGGCUGCCCUGCAGAAGAUAAAAACAAAAUGUUCAGAUCUGGAGAAGGAAGUCGACAGACUCAAAACUCAACCAAGCAACAGUGCAGAUGAUUCGGUGAUUAAGGAGUUGACUGAGCGAAUGGAUGCUGUGCUGCUGGAGAAGGCUGAGACUCAACAGAGCCUGGUUUUAUUACGGAAAGAAAGCGAAAAAGCGAAGCAUCAAGCCCAGGAAGCUGUUGAGAAGCUUGCAGAACUUCAGAGGGAAACAAACCAUGCAAAUGAAGAGCAGCAGAAAAAAAUCCUGCUUUUGGAAGCGAACUUAAAAAGCUCCGAGGCCAAACACAAAGAAGAGCUCGAGGCAUUACAGAAACACCUGGAGGAGAAGAGGGAAAGAGAACAGAACGAGGAAGAAAAGCGAAAAGAAUCAGCAGACGAGACCAGCGCUAAGAUGCAAGAGCUCCAGCAGUCCUACGAGAAGAAGCUGUCCAGCUUGCAACAGGAGCUGGAGUCGGCCAGACAGCAAUGGACCACCGAGGCCGAAGCCCUGAAGGAGUCGCAUCAGAAGGCGCUUACAGAAUCCCAACAGGAGAUCGAGAACUUGCAGGAGGAAAUUGCUAGGAUAAGCAAACAGCAUGAAGAUGACGUCAGAGAGCUGGAGGAGCAGCUGGAGCUGAACGCCGCGGACUUUGAAGCCGAGAGGGAACGGCUACUGCUGCUCCAGGACGAAUUGUCGGAACAGCUGGCUUUGAAGGAGAGCUACCUCCAGGACGUUCAGGAAGAGGAGGAAGACCCCAACAAGGCUGCGGCUCAGAGGGAUUCGGGAAUAAUCAAGACGUUGGAUUUCUCGGGUUCGGACGACCAGAACGAUGAGUUGGGUCGACUGAAGCAGGCGCUGGAGGAGCUGCAGUCUCAGAACACGAUGCUUCAGGAAGAGCUGACGUUUCUAAGCAACGUGAAAGCAGAGCUCGAGUCCGAUCUGAAGCACGCAAGAGAGGAGUUUCUCGUCGAGAAAGAAGAACUGGAGUUCAAGAUCAAUGAACUGCAGAUGACCAAAGAGGAGAAUGAGGUCUCCUCAGACAAGAUCACCGAGGACCUUGGCAUGACUACUGAACAAAAGAAUAUGACCGUAAUCCAGCAAAAGCAGGAGCUUCUAGCUGUAGAAGAGCGUUACAAGAUGGAAAUCAAAGAACUGGAGGCACGUCUGCUGUCCAGUGCAGAAAAAGAGAAAGAGACUUUGAUGCAGGAGGUCGAGGAGCUAAAAAAUAGAUGUGAAUUACUGUCUGUAGAGAAAAACACUGCUGUCAGUGAGUUUGAAAAAACCAAAGAAAUCCUCAAAAAUUUCGAGCUAGAGCUCGGAGACCGGACGAGUGACUUCAUCAAGCAGUACAAUGCCAUGAAGGAACAGGCCGCUUCCUCUGUUCAGGAGCUACAGGAAAAGCUUAGGAGCGUUUUCAAUGAAAGGGAUUCACUGUUGGAGAAAACAAAACAUUUGGAGCAUUCGCUUGAAGAGUCAGAGCAAAAAAUGCAAACAACGGACGACCUGAAGGCGUCUUUUGAGAUCUCGAGGAAAAGGAAUGAGGAGAUUUUGGAACAGCUCUAUCAGAAGGAGUCUUUGGUUCUUGAGCUAGAGGAAAUGCUUACAAAGAUGACCUCUGACAAAGAGAGCAUUCAGCAUUCACUGGAAGAAACGCGGGCAGAGUUAGAAAAAAUACAAGAAACGUCCAAGACCGAGCAAAUGGAAACUGCCAGCGUAACGCAGAAAUUUGAAUGUUUGUCGAAGGAUAAUGUGGGGAAGCGAGAGAAGAUCCAGGAGCUGUCUUUAGCCUUAGAAGGCGCUUUGGCUGAGAAGGAGACUGUUGGAAGGCAAGCGGCCGACUUAGAAGCACGGCUCUCUGCGGUUACCACGGAGAAAGAGCAGCUGUCACUGGAUCUCAAGGCGCUUACUGAAGAGUUCGCUGCUCUCAAGUUCAAAGAGGAGCAACAUCAGGAAACAAUAAACCAUCUCAAAACAGAGAUGUCUGCCGCUGCUAACAGGGGGAAGGACGAACUUGUGGAAUCGGUCAAAGCCGUGUCAGAGGAGAGGGACGCGGUUAAGAGGGAAGUGGAGUCGUAUCAGAGCAAACAUUUGGAGACGCUAAACCGUAUUCUUGGUGCACUCGAACAGGGCUCUGAUGAGCUAGAUGAGGGCGUUAAAGAAGCAGGCGACAUCGCUACACUGGUUGACAUCCUCUUGACCAAAGUUCAGCGGGAGAAACUCAGCCUCACUCAGCAGCUGGAUGAGAGGACAGCGCAGCAGAUGGAGGAGACAGAGAAGAUGAAGCAUCAAACUGAGGAGCUGGAGAGAUUGAAGCAGCACAGCGCUCAGCAGGAGGCGGAGCUACAGGCCAGAGUGGAGGACCUCAGUCGGGAAAAAGACCUGUUGAAGGCCCAGCUGGACGAGGUGGUGUCAGACACGGAGGGUCUGCAGAGAGACCUGGCUGAGAUGCAGGCCAUGAACGAGAAGAUCAGGGCAGAAAACCAAGAGCUUCUUACUCGAGUGACCGAAGCUGCCGAGAGGCAAGCGACCAAAGAAAACGAACCAGCGGAGGGCUGUGAAAAGGAAACAGAGGGCGAAAUUAAUGAGAGGUUAAAGGAGCUCCAGGGACUUUUGACCGAAAAGGAAUCGCUCAUAUCACAGCUAAGGGAGGACAUUGCCCGCUUACAGGAAUCUAAAGAAAAUGCCUCUCCCUCUGAAGAACAUGAUGUGCAUCGGUUAACAGAAAAAAUAGAAACUCUAGAGAAAGAAAACAAGGACAAAGAUGAACGGAUGAACAAAAUAAAAGCGGUGGCGGUGAAGGCGAAGAAAGAGCUGGACAACAGCAGGAAAGAGGCUCUCGCUCUUAAAGAGGAGGUAGACGCUUUGAAGACAGAACGAGACAGGCUGUCGAACUCCAUGAAGGACAUCAUCCACGGCGCGGAAGGCUAUAAGAACCUCAUGUUGGAUUACGACAAGCUGACUGAGACGUUGGAUAAGGAGCGAGAGAAGCUGGAAGGCGCGGAGAAACAAAUUGCCGACCUGACCAAACGCCUGCAAGCCGCACUCCAACAGAACGAGCAGUUAUUGUCAGAGAGAGAGGACCUGAUGGCUCGUACGGAGACCCUGCAGAGUAACGUCAGGCAGCUGGAGGCUCAGACACUGGAGAUGCACAAACUCAGAUCUGGGUUAGAGAAAGACCUGGAGGCUGAAAGGCUUUUAAAAGAGCAAAAGAUAAAGGAUCACCAGUCUGCGGUGAAAGAGAUGGAAGACUUGCAGACACAGCUGCGCAAGCAGAAGCAGCAGUUGCAGCAGACUGCACAGGAACUGGAGCAGCUGAGAAAGGAUGCCCAGCAGAGCACCUUGUUGGACAUGGAGAUGGCGGACUAUGAGCGUCUGGUCAAAGAGCUGAAUCAGAAACUGUCAGAGAAGGACAGCCACGCUGAGGAACAGCAGGCUCACAUACAGGAACUCAAAACCAAGGAGGAGAAACUGAAGGAAGAGAUUGAGUCACUGAAGUCCCAGGUGGAUCAAGGUGAAGAGAAGACCUCCAAAAUGAAACAGCUGCUAGUAAAAACCAAGAAGGACUUGACUGAUGCCAAGAAACAUGAGGCAGAACAGAUGAUUGUGCAGGCAUCUUUGAAAGGAGAAAUGGAGGGUCUGCAGCAGCAGUUGGAGGACUAUAAGAUCCAGUGCAGUGAGUUGACUGCUGAAAAGCACAGGUUACAGGAGCAGUUGAAAACGGUGAAUGAGCAGCAGCAGAGAGCAGCCGUCUCUUUCCAAAACAGACUGACCACUCUACAGGAGGAAUGUAACUCCGCUAAGGCUGCGCUCCAGACGACUACCUCAGAGUUUGAGAGCUACAAGGUUCGGGUUCACAACGUCCUGAAACAGCAGAAAAGUAAAACACAGGCCCAAAACGAAGGAGAUUUCUCCAGACAGGAGAGAGAGCACAUGGAGAACACGCUGGAGCAGCUGCGGGCCCGGCUGCAGGACAGCCAGCAGAACCUGCAGGGCAGCACGGCAGAGCUCCAGCAGCUCCAGCAGGAACAUGACACACUGCUGGAGAGACACAACAAGAUCCUCCAGGAGACCGUCAUCAAGGAAGCCGAGCUCCGGGAGAGACUACUGUCUCUGCAGUCAGAGAACAUGACCAUGAAGUCGGAGCAUGCGCAGACGGUCGGUCAGAUGACUGCGCAGGCGGAGGUUCUGCGCAGCAGCUUCCGGGAGCAGGUGCGCAACCUCCAGGACGAGCACCGCGUUACCGUGGAGAUGCUGCAGCAGCAGAUCGGCCGCCUGGAGACCCAGCUCUUCCAACUCCAGAAAGAAACCAGUAACACCAGCUCAGCCCCUGCGCAGCAGAGUAGGAAGCCCCUUCAGGACAGGAAGGCUGAUCUGCCUCCGUUUGAGUUGCAGUCCAUGGCUCGGGAAGAAGGCGAAGGCAUGGAAACCACGGAGACGGAGUCUGUCUCGUCUGCCAGCACACCCCUGCCUUCUCUGGAGCACCUCCUCACUUCUCCAGACCCCAAACAGGAGCCCUUUGUCUGGCAGGUUGAGCCGACUAAAGAGGAGCUGGUUCAGAAGCUGACCACAGCCACGCGCAGCAUGGAGCAUGUGAAUGGACUACUGCAUGAGUCUGAGGCUACCAACGCCGUCCUAAUGGAACAGAUUAAGCUCCUGAAGAGUGAGGUGCGGAGGCUGGAGAGGAACCAGGAGAGGGAGAAGUCGGUGGCGAAUCUGGAGUAUCUGAAGAACGUGCUGCUGCAGUUUAUCUUCCUUAGAUCAGGCAGUGAGAGACAAGCCCUGCUCCCCGUAAUCCACACCAUGCUCCAGCUCAGCCCCGAGGAGAAGAGCAAACUGGCCGCCAUCGCUCAGGGUGAAGAUGAAGCCUCGGCGUCCAGAGGGUCGGGCUGGACCAGUUACCUGCACAGCUGGUCUGGGAUCCGAUGAGCCUGUGAUCUCACUGCAACUCUUGCAUCAUCAACGCGUUCCAAUUACGGCGCUGUGACUGUGUGGACACACACACACACACACACA